AUGUGUUGCUUACCUCUAGAUUUUGUCAUUGGGAGGGACAUUGUCCUUUCUGAGUUAGAACCACUGAAAGAUAUCCUCAGUUGUCUACCAUAUAAAGCACAGUAUGGAACUAAGAACUUAAUGGGUCAUGUCUGGGACCGUACCAAAGGACAUGGAGUAAAGAACUUGUUCAAUGCCCUGAAAGAGAGAGCUCAUGACAAUUUUAAAUCCUUCACGAUCGAGUACACUUGUUUGGAUGUUUCAUUUGAUGCUAUAGUGCUUGGCACAAAUUUAGGAGCUAUUUUCCUGUAUGAUCGGACUUGUAAGAGACUGUCAAAACUUCCAUCAGAGGUGAGUUUUUUUUGCUUAGAGCAUGUGGUAUAGUUUCUACUUUUCAGUGCAACCUCUUCUCAGGAGACACCCUUGGGACUAACACAAGUGUCUCCUGAAUAGAGGUUGGGCUGGGCUUUUUUUAAUAAUUAACCAACAAAUAAAGUAUAAAAUUUGCUUUUAGUCUGGCUUGGAAUCCGCUGCAGUCAUUAUUUCAAGCAGCGAGAUAAUUUGUAAAAAAUCAUAAAUAACUUAUCUCUUCGAUGUUGUGUGUUAAAAGUCCAGUACAUCUAUUGUAAGUGAGAUAGUUCAAGAUUUGAAAGCUUUUGCCAUUGUGACUAGUGAACACUCAAACUUGCAUGUAUCAACAAUGUUUGUGGUCUGUCACUUUUUGAGUGCUAAGGUUUCCCCAGAAUGGAGGUUAAACCCUGGUUUCAGGACCUAAAAAAAGUGUCCCUUUCCCCUCAAUAGAUGUGUCCCUUCAGUAGAAGUAACAUGUACAAAGAUCCUAUCGACAUUUUUCCAGGAACAAAUUUUGUGGUCCCUGAAUUGAGGUGUCCCAAAGAAGAGGUUCCACUACAUAUAUUGUACAUGUAGUGUACAUGUACAAUCCUGUAGGUUUGUUGAUUUUGAACCUCAGCAAUGGCUAACCGGAUUGACCUACCCCAUGGAUUAUUGAUUAUAAUUAUAAAGUUCAAAAAAUCUUUAUAACAAUUCUAUUUAUAAAAUUUUCACCUUUGUGCAAGUCAAAGUACAAUGAAAUAUAAACUUUAUUGACAGUUUUUUGAUCAUGGACCACUGAACUCAGGUGAUCAAAUUCUCCUUAGUCUUUAAGAGGAGGGCAUUGGGAUUUUCGGUUUUGCGGUUUUGGCUAUUUUUUAGAUCGGUUUUUCGGUUUUUGUUGCAAAAGACUUCGGUUUUUCGGUUUUGGUGGUCAUUGCAGUUUGCAGAUUUUUCGUUUUUUAGCAUCUGGUUUUCGGUUUUCGUGAAAAAUACUAGCGGUUUUUCGGUUUUGGUACCCGAUGUGGUUUUUGGUUUUUGAAAGGGCAGUGAGGUUCAAUAAUCGACUGCUUUUUUGAGUAUCUGUUUAUUACCACAUUAAACCUUAGAGCAAGUUCCUGCUGCCAUGUAAAACUGAAAAGGAACUAAUUGUACCGGUUAGCUUCCUCAGUGUUGACUCAGCUCAGUGCAAUCGCAUGUUAGACAAUCGAGUCUCCAAACUUUCAGGUGUUGGUUAUCAAAUGGAAAUGUUCGAUUAGAGAUUUUUGAUUGAAAUUUCCAGAGCUAUAGCUUUUUGCGACUGCAAAAUUGCAAUUCUAAAGAGGACUUGUGUGCAAAUUCUCCUAAGUUAACUAGGCUCCAUAACUAGCGGCUUUUCGGAAAUUGAGCCGCAAAGUCUGGGCUCGAGAGAGUGGCAGAAACAAAGCCUAUGAUUUAAGCAGACACAAAAAGAUACAAAGGCUUCAGACAAAGUCCAUGACAUUCACAAAUACUUUGGUGAAAUUAGUGUUCGUUUAGUUUGCUCUGUAUGCCCCAAUUGUCACCAUUGUAUCGGUUUUUGACGGUUUUGUAUUCGGUUUUCGGUUUUGGCCGAAUUUUUUUGCGGUUUUGCGGUUUUGGAUGAUUUUUUUCUUCGGUUUUGCGGUUUCUAAUAUACCCCAAUGCCCCCCUCCUUUAAUUAUGGCACCAUUUUUUAGACAAUACACAAGUUUUUAAUAUGUUUAUUUGCCAACAAGAAAUUAAUUUUACUUUUUUCUGUGAUCAUCAGUUGAGCGUUUUCCAGUAUCGAUUAUAAUCGCAUCCCUUAAAAGUUUUGAUCAACGACUGAUUGUACAUUGUAAUAAUAAAUUGAUUAUUGGCACACCACCAAUCAUUAAUUUUCAUACUAUGGAAAUACGUCUGAUGUAGAGAAAACCUGAAUUUUUUUGUAUUUUUUAGGUAACUCAUGAGCCUGCCAAGUGUGUGCGGGUUUUGCCUGCCCACAGUUAUGCAGCAGUUGGCUUUAACAGUGGACUAAUCACAAUUUUUACUUUUGUUUUGGCUUCACAAGGAUUUGGNGAGCUAUAGCUUUUUGCGACUGCAAAAUUGCAAUUCUAAAGAGGACUUGUGUGCAAAUUCUCCUAAGUUAACUAGGCUCCAUAACUAGCGGCUUUUCGGAAAUUGAGCCGCAAAGUCUGGGCUCGAGAGAGUGGCAGAAACAAAGCCUAUGAUUUAAGCAGACACAAAAAGAUACAAAGGCUUCAGACAAAGUCCAUGACAUUCACAAAUACUUUGGUGAAAUUAGUGUUCGUUUAGUUUGCUCUGUAUGCCCCAAUUGUCACCAUUGUAUCGGUUUUUGACGGUUUUGUAUUCGGUUUUCGGUUUUGGCCGAAUUUUUUUGCGGUUUUGCGGUUUUGGAUGAUUUUUUUCUUCGGUUUUGCGGUUUCUAAUAUACCCCAAUGCCCCCCUCCUUUAAUUAUGGCACCAUUUUUUAGACAAUACACAAGUUUUUAAUAUGUUUAUUUGCCAACAAGAAAUUAAUUUUACUUUUUUCUGUGAUCAUCAGUUGAGCGUUUUCCAGUAUCGAUUAUAAUCGCAUCCCUUAAAAGUUUUGAUCAACGACUGAUUGUACAUUGUAAUAAUAAAUUGAUUAUUGGCACACCACCAAUCAUUAAUUUUCAUACUAUGGAAAUACGUCUGAUGUAGAGAAAACCUGAAUUUUUUUGUAUUUUUUAGGUAACUCAUGAGCCUGCCAAGUGUGUGCGGGUUUUGCCUGCCCACAGUUAUGCAGCAGUUGGCUUUAACAGUGGACUAAUCACAAUUUUUACUUUUGUUUUGGCUUCACAAGGAUUUGGAAAGGUACAGUGAGAAUACAUGUACAUGUAGUCCAGAUAUAGCCAUCUAGUUGGUUCUGGAAUAAUUUAUGGAAAGUUGUCAUUAAAUCUCACCUCUUUCAUUUUGCAAUGUUUGGUCAAAUUUUUCCUUCAUUUGAGGGUCACAUUAGGCCACUUUGAGCCACCCCAGUUUGAUACCCCUGUUGUGCCACUCUAUUUUGUUUACUGAGCAUUGAUUUCUCUGUUAUCAUUCCAUUUGUGUGGCUGAAUCCAUGGGGUGGCAAGAUGAAAUGAAUCGUGUGUUGUUAUUUGCGACCCUGGAGGGGCAAGAUGGACCCAUCUGGACCACUCGGAGUUUCUUGCAUUGAUCCAACAAGAAAGAGUUCCCUUUUUGGCCAUAUAAUAAAUCACUUAUUGACAAGGCAAAUGUUUAUUCAAGAUGGCUGGAUGUUGGCCUUGUUCUCUUUUGCAUUUUUACUGACCUCAACCUCUCCCUAUUUUUUCUGAGGGGAGGGGGGCGUCUGUACACAGGCUAAUAUUCAUCUUGGUCUGUAAAAAUGCAAAGAUGAACUUGGCCAAUAAACAGCCAUGUUGACCUCAUGCUAGGUCAAUAAUGCAUGUUUCCGCUUACUAACCUAGCACAAGGGUUGUACUAUAUUGGCCCUUUUGCCCGGUUAGUAAGCGGUUAAUUCUAGUAUUUACAACCUGUAUCUGUAGCUUCAGACCAUGCAUGUAAGUGGGGCCCAUAACAGUCCAGUUACCUGUCUGGAGUGGUCUCCUGAUGGCGAACUGCUUUACAGUGGGGAUGUACAGGGCAAAGUUUAUGUCACUGUGGUAAAGCUUCACGAGGUAAAUAAUAUGUUGUGCACAAAAAAAAAAAAAAACAAAUACAGUAUUAAUGAUAGCUGUUUAACAAUAAUAUUCCUCUCGCCCUCAUAGCCUCUGAGUCAAUAGCCUAUGAGGCUGAAGGCUGAAUGGGGUAUUGACUCAAAGGCCAUGAGGGCAAGAGGAAUAAUGGUUUGGUAAAAUCCAACUUGUUGGUCAAAAGUAGCAAAACGUGAUUCAGCCGCCAUUGUUUUUGUUUUCAAAGCCGGUGCUUUUCACUACUAGUGGGCUAUAACAUAUUAGAGAUAUGGCCUAGUAGUAGCUCAACCAAUCAGAAUGCAGCAUUGAUAAUAGACCACUAGCUGGAUUUUACUAAAAUGGUUUAGUUCUAUCUGGAAGUACAGUAACAACGGUGAUAAAAUUGUAAAACAGCACUUUGUUAAGUAAAUAACUUUCGUACAAUUAAAAAGCUGGGAGCACAUAACCUAAAUGACUUUUUCUUUAAUCCCACAGCAUUAUUUUUUUAAAUGUAGAAGACCUGAAUUUUGGCUUGUGACCUUUUUUUCACAUACUAUUGUUACAUUUUCCUCAACUUAACUUCUCUGGUUUGCAUCUGACCUUUUCAACCAUAGAUUUCAAUGUUCAUAAAGACCAGUGUUAAGCAGAAGGUGAUUUCUAUUUGAUGAUCUUAGACAUGUAACCAUGAACAAAGAAAUGUGUGCCACAAAAAAUGUUUAAAAGUUGAAAAUUAGCUUAAAAAACAGUGUUUUUUUUUUCUCAAAUAGGAACUUACUCAGACGGCGAUGAUUUUACAAGAGGCUUCUCCCAUUGUCCAGCUGUCAUAUUCAUGGGAUGCUCUUUUGAUUUCAUCUGAGAAAAGGACUGUUCUGUGGGACUUUCAUUCUGAGAAGGUUACUCAAGUUGGACAAAAAGAAAGGAAAAGGUCAGUGCAUGUUAGUAAAAUUCUCCCAUUUUCUUUUGGUUAAAAUUAGAAAAAGAAAUGGUUACACUGUAAUUAAUGCUUGAAAUACUUUCUGCUGAGGAAAACUACGUCGAAGUUAAUUCCUAUCCUAAGGUUUGUGCGCCAUCCAUAUCCUCAUAUUGUACCGCUGUUCAUUUCUUUUUGCCUUUUAUAUGUUUUUAUUCCUGCUGGCUAACUAUUGUUUAUAACCAAAGGAAAACUACGGCUAACUGUGUAGUGCAAAAAACCUUCCGGACAAAAUAUACUGUAGAUUUUUACGAUCUACUUGACAUUUUUGUGGGCCAUACUCGAGGAUGGAUAAGAUAUUUUAUUUUUAAUAUAUGAAGCCUUCUACGCGGAGAGCAUAGAAAGAAUUUUUAUUUUUAGAACAGUUUCGCUUCACCUUUACCUAAUUUUGGACUAAUACUUGACGGUAAAGCUAAGAAAAGUCGAACGCACUCACUAAUCUAUAAUUACUACUAGUUUAUUUAAUUAUGGUGUAUUUGCUUUGCUCGUUUAGUCCAGGACGAUUUGGAGCCAUGUUCUAUCCUCCAGCAAGAGGAACAUCAGACGAGAGGUUGAAGAAGCAACCGACUGUGUACACCUCAAGGCCAGGCCAACGCCUAUGGACUGCUGACACCAAUGGGAAGGUCUUGUCAACUCUAAUGUACAAGGGUUUGACUAAUGAAAAUCCCCCAGGUAUCAUGAUACUAAACCCCCCACCGCCCACGCUGACAAAACUUCCCCCAGACUAUCAACCCCAGUUUGGCCCCCUGAGACUGUUGCACGGGCAGUUUUUUGUUACCUGGGAUACGUCACGACUGUGGGUCCUAGACCCCUCGCCUUGCGCCCUUGUUGGUUACCAUGGCAACCUUGGUGACAUUGUGGACGUCAGUACCGCGGGCCAUGAGAUUUACGUUUUGCAAGGGGGAGGGGAGAGGCGGCUGAUGAAGCUGAGUUUGAUUCCCAGACUGGCUAAUCCUCUUGUGGAUGUUGUUGCGCUUAUGGAGCACAGCUAUAAAAGGGAAGAGGAGGAAAAUACAAAGCAGCCUCAGCUGGAACGCAACAAACAACUGCCAGUUGUAAACAAUGUAAGUACAAGAACAGAUAACUCGUAUUCCAAAAGUUUUCCCUAGAACUCUUCCCACCAAAAUGAAGCUUACUAAAUGUGCGGCAAAAGAGAAAAACAAUAACAACAAAAACAAAAAGUGGCAAGCGUUAGGGCAGUAGAGUAAGCGAAACGUAAAAGUCAAGACUGCGUGUCACUUUUAAAACCCAAAAUGCUCGAAAUUAUUAUGUUCAGAUUAAAUUUUUUUUGGCGAGUUUGUUGGGAUUGAGGUUCACCUGUAGUUGUUUGUAGCUGCACCUUCAUUGUAAUGUUAAUAUUUUUAAAACGUUGUAACUCAGGUAUGAACAUCCUUUUGGGAAACCCAGUCAGCUCUACUGCAUUGUAUUGGUAUUAUAAAUCAUUUGCAGCUCUACUCAGCUACAACUGUUUCUUUACGUUAUUUCACGCUUGUUUUGGAAAGGCGAUUUUAGAAAAUGUCCAAGCUGACAUGCUGUAUUACGCGACUUGCGUGUUUCAGGACAAGAUCUCUGAGCCUGUUUCAGUAGGGACUUCUGAUGCGUCCGAAAAAAGUAGUUCACUGGCAGUCGAUCAUGUGGAUCCUUUUAAAAGAUACCAAGAUAUAAGACAUCAAGACUUUGGAGAGAUCGUGUUUCGAAAACAAAAGCGGAACAAGAAGAAAUCUAAUAAAGGUAUGUUUUUAGUACAAGAAAGCUAUUGUCACGUUUCACAAUAAUAGCGGACUCUUACAGCUCAACUCAAAGAGGUUUUCUUCUCUCACUUAAGGUACGGAAAAAACGGGCAACAAAAAACGUGCUACUUGUCUUGCAACAUCGCUGUUCAACUCGUUUUGCAGCAAUGUUGCAAGACAGGUUGCAUUUUUUUUGUUGCCCGUUUUUCCGUACUAUUAGCGAUAGAGAACUUUAGGAAGACCUUAGAUAACUGAUGUCAAAAAUGUCAAUUCACCCUCUUUAAAAGUACCAAUUCAGGAACUAGCAACGAGGGAAGAGCAUACCUCAUUGAAGGCGUGAAAGUUGUUUGAAUAAAGUUUUACACUUUGAAUAUGCGAAGGCUGUGCCAUUAUUAGUGUGGUGUAUAAGUAUUCUUGAGCUAUUCGAGCUUCUGUUGUGCAAUGCACUAAAUACUACGGGCGAUGUUUUCAGUUGUUGCUAAUGAUUUAUCAGAGUAGACUUACAGUCAGGAUUUGAAAUAAUUUCCUGGAUGGAGGCGGUCAAGUUUGUUCGGUCAAGACUAUUUUUGGCCGGAAAAAGGUCUAUUACGUCAUAUCUCUAUUGUUUUAAAAUCUGAAGAGAUUCUGGAUGACAUUUCCAUUAGAAGAGUAAACAACGGGACCAAAUGUCCGGUCAUCCAACAAUAUGUCUGGUCAAAGCCUAUUUUUGACCGGACAUUGUUAACUGGGCGGCCGUUAUUUCAAGCCCUGCUUACGGCACGUGUUCGGCUGACCCCGGGUGGGUACCCGGGGAAGGAACGGCUGAUGUCCUCAGUUGUAUUUCUACUAACAGUUUAGAGCAGUGCAAUCAGUGGAAGCAGUAAAUUGUAAAGCGGAUAUGUUUCAUUCUCAGAUUCUUCAUCCAAAACAGUCUCCGAUACCGAAGACGGGAUUAGAGAUCAGCCAACCACAGCUGACAUUACCCAACCCCCCGACCGUAAGGACGGAGAUGACCGGUCCGACUGCCCUGACGGUUUCGACCCUACACUGAAUAGGUUGUCCAACAUCUCGUCGGACUUCGACUCAGGUGACAGGAGUAGUGAGGCAUCAUCUGGGCAAAACCAAGAAUCAGAAGGAGAGGACAAGCUAGCCUCUACGCAGCCUCAGUUAACGGUAGUCCACGUUACACAACAAGGCUCGCAAGAAAAACAUGACGUCACUGAUGUUAGUUGUGCAUCAUGCGUCUCUCAUCCAGCUUCUUAUAGCGUAGUGGAUGACGUGGCAACUCAAGACAAUUGCGUGACAGAAGAAGCGGGUAAAGUGGUACCGUUAGAACGGACUGAUGAUCUGAGUAAAUCUCCAAGUUCUGGCUCUGUCUCAGGUAGCACUUUGUCACGAGAAAACAGUUUAUGUAUGGAUUCAGUUUCUUUGUCCACAAGCACACUAAUAGAAGAUGAUAUUGGCGCCGAAGCUGUCACUUCAACCCUGGACGAAUCCUCUAACGCCGAUUAUCUACCAAAUAUUUACUCCAACACUCCAGUGAAUAUUUCUGACGCAACAUUUGAUGCGUCAGUAGAAAAGUCAUCUCGCUCCAAAAGUCGGCUGGUGAGUGCGAGUGUAUCCAUCCUGUCUUCUAUACCCCGGCGAGCAAGCACUGACAUUCUGAGUGACUCUGAAGUUACUCCCCCCGUGUCUCUUGACUCGGAGGGCGCAGAGGAACUCGGCGACACCGCCUCAUGGCCACGCUCCCCU